AUACGGGCACAAAACCAAAACUCCCUAAAUGUUGAGGGUAUUUUUUGAAAUUAUGCCAAAAGAAAAUUAUCCGGAACCUUAAUUUACCUUUAUUAUUUACUGCGGCUAAAAAUGAAAUAAGGGAGAAAUUUGUAAAGGUUGAUACGUAGUUCAGUGAGUCUUUUGAGUGUACGCGUUUCAAAACCAGAAACAAAUAGAAAAACGAGGAAAAUUGUCUUAACUCUAAUAUCGUGUUAGAUUCACCCACUGACUCAGCCGCGUUUCUUUUUUUUUUUUUGUUUUUUCUUCCUAUCGUAGUGAAAAUUUUCUGGUUUUUUUUUUUCGAGUGAAGACCUCUCAAACAAGAAGACGAUGAUGAUGAAGAAGAACUGGAAGUUUGUAAGACUAAGACAAGAGUUUCGAGUUGGUGUUUUGCUGCUUUUAUUAUGUCAAAGUUUGGCUUGUUGGUCGUUGAAUGAAGAAGGAUUUGCUUUGUUGAGACUAAGAGAGAGAGUGGUGAAUGAUCCAUUUGGUGCUUUGUGGGCUUGGAAGGAAGAAGAUGGAGAGAUUAACCAUUGUUCUUGGUUUGGUGUCGAGUGCUGUGAUGGCAAAGUUAUUGCUUUGAAUUUGAAAGAUCUUUGUCUUGAAGGAACACUGGCACCUGAGCUUGGAACUCUAAUUCAUAUUAAGUCUAUUAUCUUGCGGAACAACUCUUUUACCGGAACUAUCCCCGAAGGGAUCAGCAAACUGAAGGAAUUAGAGGUGUUAGACUUGGGAUACAAUAAUUUCAAUGAAUCGCUUCCAUCUGGACUCAGCAACGAUCUCUCCCUAACAAUCCAGAACAGUGACCGAUCUGAAGGUGCAGUGCUAAGGAGAUUGCUGCAAGAAACGGCAAACACUUCUGCAAAGUCACCAAAAGCACCCCCUUUAAAUUAUAGUAUGCCUCCAUCUCCUCGUACAUCUAGAGCUCCAACUCAUCCUGCAUCUUCUGAACCAUCCACAAAUAGUACAUAUUUAAGGGGUGCUCCUGUUCCACGACCUCCCUCUGCUCCUGCUUCUAAACCUUCUGGAAAUGAUACAGUACCUAAUACUUCUGCUCCAUCGCCAUCGGGAAGCAAUCCUUCUAUUCCUGACUCUAAGUCAAGUCAUCAAGCAGCAAUACUAGUCGGAAGCAUAGGGGGUGGUACAUUUCUUCUAAUAUUAAUAAUCAUUGCCUAUCUCUUGAAAACUUACAAGGUAUCUACUGUGAAACCUUGGGCCACAGGGCUAAGUGGACAACUUCAGAAAGCAUUUGUAACUGGUGUACCAAAGCUGAAGCGAUCAGAGCUUGAAGCAGCCUGCGAAGAUUUCAGCAAUGUAAUUGGUUCUACAACGAUUGGGACGGUGUUCAAAGGGACACUGUCUAAUGGAGUUGAAAUAGCUGUGGUCUCUGUUCCAGUUGAAUCUACCAAAGAUUGGUCAAAGAAUUUAGAAACACAAUUCAGGAAGAAGAUUGACACAUUAUCAAAGGUCAACCACAAAAAUUUUGUUAACCUUCUUGGAUAUUGUGAGGAAGAUAAUCCUUUCACUAGGAUGUUGGUUUUUGAAUAUGCUCCAAAUGGCACUCUCUUUGAGCAUUUACACAUUAAAGAAUCUGAGCAUUUGGACUGGGCUAUGAGGUUGAGAAUUAUAAUGGGCAUGGCUUACUGCCUCGAGCACAUGCACCAGCUAAACCCACCCGUACCCCAUAACAACCUGUCAUCCUCAGCUGUCAGUCUAACAGAAGAUUAUGCAGCCAAAAUCUCAGAUCCGUGUUUCUGGAAUGAGUUGACUGCAUCAGACAGGGAAGGAGACGGAAUAAACCUUUCGGAUACCACAAUGGCAAGCCUAGAAAGUAACGUAUAUACCUUUGGCGUAUUAUUAUUUGAAAUAGUAACGGGUAGGAUGCCUUACUUGGUGGAUAAUGGUUCAUCUGAGGACAUGGCAUCAGACUAUUUGAGAAGGGAGCAAGCCCUCGUAGAGAUGGUCGAUCCUACUCUAAACUCUUUCGACAAGGACCAAUUUGACCUGAUUGGGGAGGUCAUAAAAUCUUGCAUCGACCCUGAGCCUGGACACAGACCGGAUAUGAGAGGAGUCAGUGCAAGAUUGAGAGAGAUUACUGCAAUCACUCCUGAUAAUGCGAUCCCCAAACUUUCUCCUCUUUGGUGGGCAGAGCUUGAGAUCAUGUCUACUGAAGCAAGCUAGAGGAUGAACUUGACGUUGUAAGUAAGAAACUUGGAUGUUUUUUUCUUGUUCUUCAUGUCAGUGGAGAGGCAAAAAUAAGUUUGCCUGUAGGUUGGUACCGUUUGUAUUUAUUUCAAGAUAAUGGAAAGUUUGUUGUAUAUAUUCGAGAGAGAAAAUGUGGUCCUUUGUUUUGGGCCAUCAGUGUGAAAAUACAUAACAGAAAGGCAUAAUGGCAAUCCUCUUGAUUUCUAA